GUGAAACCAACCGCUUCUCCACUAAAUUCUACGACAACAAAGUAUGUAAGAGUUUUUUGUUAGGCUGCUGUCCACAUGAGAUCCUUGCUUCAACGACACGUCGCUACUCCUAACACUUUCAGUUGAACCUCUUCCUGUGUCGGCAUUAAGAAAUAUAAAUUGGUCCUAAGGCCGUAGAAAGGCGGCACCCGUCCAAGCGCAAAUGGUGGCGACGGGUGUCAGUCUCUGAUAUAGGCAAUCCGAUGAUCGUAAGUACUAUUCUGACGAGCAGUCUGUGAUCAUCAUAGAAAUCAUAAAAUCGAGAAAGCGUUUUGUGUAUUACCUCUUUCAAGCAGGAUCGCUUUUGGUUUGUUUGAGUUGUGUUCAUGGCAUCUCGAAAACAAUAAAAAAAACUCUGCCAACGCGCAGCGAAACCGCGGACACACCAGUCGAGUCGCAGUUUACGUAAGUGUUUAGUUUUCUUGCUUAUUUGACAGACCACUUAGAGCUGGACCGACUGGAACAAUCCAGUUGACCAGCUAAACGAGAGACAGUUCGCGCUUUUUGGCCAGUGAUCUGCUAUUUCUUCGUGGCUGGUGGCUUCCGUUUAGGAAAACUUUGUGACUCUUGUAGUAAUGAGAAUGGCAUUGGCAAUUUUGCUCUCACUGGGGGUUUACCCAAUAUAUUUAAAGAAAAUACUUUUCUUCAAUACUUCAGUGGCUUAACCGUAAACCUUUUUAACGAAGACUAUAAUAGCAUGCGCAAAUUGAAAACUGAAAUUGAAUGCUAUUGCUGCAUUGUCAGUUCCAAGUCAGUGUUUGUUUGUAUUCGUUUCAAAGAUUAACUUGUGUUUAAAUACUUAGUCUGUGUUACAGAGUCGAUGUUUGUCAUUGUUUUGAUAGCCAAUUGAGGUGAUUCUUCAACAGUUGUUACUACAAUAGUCAAAACUAAGUACCCCCGAGGCCACCAGUCAAUAAUAAACUAUUUCUCACACCCUGUAGUUCGUGUCUUCAAUAGUAGUCAGAGUUGAAAUCCACUAAUGGGUACGUAUAUAAAAAAUUAAUACAAAUAAAUUGAUCGUCGUCAUCAACGCCGUCGUCGUCAAAGGCUUUCACGCGCGAUUGGGUAUGUACAAACUGUAAUUUUCUGUAACAUCCAUGUUUUCUACACACAAUUCCCAGACAAAAUUACUAGAUGAGAUCAUUUAACCUGUUCUCUUAUUUGCGAUCGUGUAACUAUGUUGUAGUAUCUAUUAAAAAAAACUUUUCGAACGCUUCUGGAAGGGAUCUUGAAAUCCGACCCUCUCUCAGACGUAUACAUACAUUGUGUGUCCAGAUCUAAAAAAAAGUAGAGUCGCCACCGGCAGCGUGCGCGCGUUGCGCCUUUCGGGUGUUCCAACGCAAUCUCAACCGAUUAGGCCGAAUACCGAGGGUUGCCGACUGUCCUUCUAACGUACGUAUACUUUUUCUUUAGUUAGAAAUGCUGUUUAUGCAAAUCAGAUGGUGAUUUUUAUUUAUUUCUAAUUUUUAAAGAAGUGAUUUUUGGGUUUUUUCUCUUCGAGCGUCGUUUGCGUGAUCGCGGUAUGUCAAUGACGAAGGAAUAUGUUUGAAAUACUCGCUAAUUGUUUGAUGUACAGAAAUUGUACCGAAUUGCCCUGUAUCUUGUUCUAGAACCCUUAGCUCGUGUGGCGGGGAGAUUGUGUUGCGUACAUUUGGUGAGUAAAACAAAACUAAAACUUGAAGAAUUUCUGUCAUUAGAUAUUACUGUAUGCUGCUGAUGCAGCAGAAACCGUCCUAAGAAUUGAACUGUUGAAUCGGUGAAAUGAAGGAAUCGAAAAAUUUAAUUAGGAAUAUCUAAAUCAUUGGGAUUAGUAAAUGCGACUGGAAUAACUUUUAGAAUCAUGUGUUUUGCUAUGUUUGUUUAUAUUAUUAAGUCAAUUCGGUUAACUAAAUUGUCGAAAUAAUUUGUUUUCUCAAAAAAGGACAACGUGGCCAUAACAUUUUUGUUUACAUAGUAAGACACAUAGUAACGUUUGAAACAGGAAACAGGAAUGUAAGUAAAAUAUUUGGUACGAAACAAAAAUGAUUGCAACCCAACCUUGCGGUGUUGUAAAAAGUUUGUCUCUAAUUAGCAACCGUUUUCCUUUUUUCUUGCACAGCGCAUGGACCUGGGUGAAUGUCCCAAAGUGCACGAUCUUGCCCUUAGAGCCGACUACGAGAACGCCUCCAAGUCGAAGGAUUAUUACUAUGACGUUGAUUCCAUGGAACACCUGCAGGCAUUCAUUGCUGACUGUGACCGUCGCACGGAAGCGGCUAAAAAGCGGUUGGCGGAAACACAAGAAGAACUGACGGCAGAGGUAGCUGCCAAAGCGAACGCUGUGCAUGAGCUGGCGGAGGAAAUUGGUAAGAAAUUGGCAAAAGCCGAAGCUUUAGGUGAAGCAGGACAGGUGGAGGAAAGCAUGAAGCUGAUGUCGGAAAUCGAUGAGUUGCGAGCGAAGAAAAUUAAAGCCGAACAAGAGUACCGGAGUGCCAUCCCAGCUAGCAGUUAUCAGCAGCAGAAGUUACGUGUUUGCGAGGUUUGCUCGGCAUAUCUUGGAAUUCACGACAACGAUGUUCGAUUAGCGGAUCAUUUCGGAGGUAAGCUUCAUUUGGGAUUUUUGGCUAUUCGUGAAAAAUUGACAGAGUUGGAGAAAACGGCAUUACCACGGCAAAAAGAGCUAAGAAAAAAUGGUCGCCGUGACGGUGACUUUGAUGACGGCCGCGGCCGGUCUCGGUUCGUUGGCGGACGUGAACUGGAUAGACGCUCGCGAGCCUUGGUCAACACAAGAGAACAUGAGCGUCGAGAUAAUGUGGAUGAGUCGAAAAAGUUGGAUGUUCGUCAUCGCUCAAAGAGUGAGGAACGCCGUUCGAAAAGCCGCGAUCGAAAGUCAGAAAGAGACAGAGAUAGGGACCGGGAACGGGAUAGAGAGCGGGAACGAGAACGUGAUCGAGAACGAGAUCGGGACCGUAAUCGUGAUCGGGAUCGCGAUAGAGAUCGCAACCGUGAUCGCAACCGAGAUCGCGACCGCGAUCGUGGUGACCGGGACCGCGACCGUGACAACCGAGACCGACGUCGGCGUUCUCGAUCUCGCUCGCGGGAAAGAUCCAGACGGUAAGCAUUGCCUAACUCAAUGCGAUAGAAACAUAUUUACUUUUUACACAGAAUCAUAAAAAAGAAUCAGAAGAAUAUGCAAGGAUACAACAUCGAUGGGUGGAAAUGACGAAUCCUGAAGCUUAAAUUUAAAAAAGUCGUCUAGGGUAGUUGAAGAAUACCUAGUUGUGGAAUUUCCUUUCCGUUCUCGUACACCAAAUACGAAGGGGUAUACAAACGGUGUAAUUUCGCGUGUGAAGUGAUGUAUUGGGUGCAUCUGAUAUUCAGUUAACUAAUUGUAUAGUUAUGAAACAACGAUCGGGCACACAAAUGAAAUAUAUUUCAAUCACAGCACUAAACUAUUCGUGGCAACGUGUUGAACACAAUACAUUAUCUUGUCGUUUACCUAGCUUCAACAUGAUUCUGCACAGGAAAAAUAGCUCAAGUCAGUGUUUCCUGUUCACGCGUGAAAGGUGUACCUAUUUUAUCAGGAUUCGAAGCCGCCAUCAUUGGUAAGAACAUUUUAAUUCAUUCCCUUCUUUUACCAAAUUGCAACAAAAAAAAUUGUCCGCGGCAUUCUAAUGACCAAUAAAUUUUAACCCACUACAUUGUAUCCUUAUACCUACUACAUAUUAUAUCAAUAAGCUUGACUUCAGGCUUAAACUUUGCAUCUGACAAAAUGUUAUUAUUUUUAAGCUAGUUACUAUUUUGGUGUACAUGGUAAAAGUCGAGCUAAAU